AACAACUGUUUUCAUUUCGUGAAGAUCUUCCUCAACCCAAUCCAACAUACUGGCAACUCCUUCAACAGCAAACUAUAACUUCCCACUGUUGUUCUAUUUCUCUGCUGCAGCUCGGUCAGCCAAUCAGCAUCAACUUUCACUUCCCGCUAUCCGGGUGUACUAAUAUGGCGGCGACAGACGCGUCGAGAGCAGCCCAGAAACGUGUCUUACGGGUGUUGGCUCUGCAUGGGUACCGGCAAAACGAACGAAGUUUUUGGGAGAGAACCGGAGCGCUACGCAAAGUACUUCGGGGCCGCGCAGAACUGAUAACUUUCAGCGCCCCAUUAGUGGUACCGGAUCCUGAUGCUGAGCCCAGUGAUGGAGACCCAAAUUCUUCACAGGAUGAAUCCAGAGGCUGGUGGUUCUCCAAUCCACAACAAAAUAGCUUCGAUGCCAUGGAAGAAAGCAACACUUGCUCCGGGCUUGAGGCGUCUCUGGAUACGGUGGCGAAGGCAUUUUCUGAACUUGGGCCCUUCGAUGGUAUUUUGGGAUUUAGCCAAGGAGCCGCCCUGGUGGCCAUCAUUUGCGCUUUAAAACAACAUGGAGAUCCCCGCUUCCAUUUUAACUUUGCUAUUUUGGUGGCAGGCUUUAAAAGCCGAUCGUCUGAGCACACAAAGCACUAUCAGCAGCCGAAUACAGUUCCCUCAUUGCAUGUCAUUGGCGAGACAGACCGUGUCAUAUCUGCUGACAUGAGCCGGGAACUGGUUUCCCAUUUUGAGAAUCCUUUUAUAGUGAUGCAUCCUGGAGGACAUUAUGUUCCUGCUUGUGCCCCUCAAAAAAAAGUAUAUUGGGAGUUUUUGGACAAGUUCCUUAGUUAGCGUCUAAUAGAGGGGCCUGGCUCAUUCUCUUGAUAAUAAAAACAAGAGGAAACCUUA